GCCCUGCUGAACGCCUCCUCCGACGAGAGCGAUGACAAGAAGAAGGCGAGGCUAGAGGAGGCGCCUCCGCCGCCACGCCCGCCAUCCAGGACUCAUGGGAAACCCACGGUCAAGGAGGAGUUCGAUCGCGGCGUGGAGGUGGAAAAGUUCUAUCACCAGAUCAAUGGCGACAUCUUUGAAAUCACGCGUCGCGUGAGGGCCAGGGACGAGGAGACCAUGGAGCAGAAAUGCAUUCGCAGAAAGGGAUCCGUCCGGGUUACGGAGCCCGCGGGUGCCCAUCCCCAUGUUCGUAUCGAGCAGCGCCCACAGUUGCCGCCGCGUCGGCAAAAAAGCGCCGAGGAAGUGGCCACUAUGCCCAAGAGUGCCCUGCGCCAGCCGCCCGAACAGCUGGAGUGGUUCGACCGGAAGGCACAGCAGCGUCACUCUGCCCGCUCGGCCGAAGGAGGCCAGGUGCGGGACGAGACCAUGGAAUGGCUGAAGCUGCAGAAAACGUCUAGUCCCUCGCAGCCGGUGCGCACUUCUUCGGGUCCCAGCGAGAUCACAGUGCUGAAGGACGAGCUGCCCGACUGGCUGCUGGACCAUCUGCCGCGCAAAAAGGAGCGGGACAGAGAUCGGGAACGCCUCCCCUCGGAUGCGGGCAAGGGCGUGGGCUCCUCCGCCUAUGCCAAGGCUCUGUCGGAGCUGCUUAAAAAGCCGCUGUCGCGCCAGAGCUCUGGACCCUGUGAGUUCUCGCUGCUCAAGACGGACAUCGUGGAGUGGCUCACCAAGAUGCAGGUGAGCGGCGGCGGCACAGAACGCGGCAAGUCCCGGCGGUCGCAUCAUCGCCGCAACGGCAGCGGAGGGGAUGCCCAGCCGCGUUCCAACUCCCAGGAAGAUGCGCAGGAUCAUGGCCAGCCCAAGGCCAUGGGCCAUCGUAAGCGUCACUCUCUGGGACACAGUGGAGCUGCCAGCGAGGAGGAGCAGCAGCAGCUCACCGCCGACUGGAUAGCCUAUCCCCUGCACAAGCUUCAGUCUUUGGGCAAGCAGCCUCCACCUCCUCCGACUUCCAUUCCCAGUGGCUAUGCAGUGCCCAGCGCCCUCUCGCACACCCCACUAUGCCAGCGGCGGGAAGAGCGCUCCCGGGAACGAAGGCUGCGUCACUCGGCCAGCGAGGUGGUGGGCAGCGGUGCCGGCACAGCCUCCAACGCCCACCUGGAGCGACUGUACGCAAAGCCGCACAAGGAAAGGUAUCAGUAUGUGCCCAAGACCAGCAAGGAGGCUGGAGGAGGAGCAGGAGGAGGAGGAGGCGUGAAAAAGGAGCGUUCACGUCGCCACCAGACCCAAAGAUCCGCCACGGUCUCCGACAUGUCCGCCCAGCGAUCCGGAGGCCAAAAGCGCAAGUCCUCGAGUGCGGAACGAGCGCCCAGGUCACCAUCGCCGGGCCCCUGCACGGAUCCCGACUGUCCACUGCUGCCCAUCUGCACGGAUCCGCAUUGCAGGUACCAGGAGUGCCAGGCGCGUCAGUGCCUGACCUCGUCGGUGAGCUCGGUGAACCUGGCGCGGCACCAACAGCUGGCCCAGGUCCAACUGCAUGCCGUGCCCAUGGGCAUGGGCUCCGAUGUGCCAACGACACCCUCCACAACGGCCACGCCACCUCCGCCGCCGCCGCCUGCUUCUGCGGGAGGAGCCGGAAUAGGAGGAGGAGGAAUCCUGGGUACAGAACGCCGCCUGGUCAUCUGCCACGACUGCCGGUCGUGUGCGCCACUCCUUAGCUGCCGGAAUCGCAAAUGCCUCAACGCAGCCAAGUGCAACUCACUGCCUCGCUGCGCCGCCGACUUCAACCGGCUGCGCACCCAGCUGGCCCAGCCUCCAACGACUCUGGACGACAUUGAGCCGGCGCCGCUGGACUUGGAUCUGGAGAUGCAGCCACUGCCCUCGCCCCCGCGUCCGCAUCCGUACCAGCAUCAGCACCAGCAUCACCACUACCGCAGCAACUCGCAGCCAAACACACUGCAGCGUGGUGACUCCGCCAGUUCUGGCGGAGGAACUGGCUCUGGAGGUGGGGGAGGCCUACAAAUGGGAGGCGGAAGUCUGGCCUGGCUGGAGCCCACGACCACGCUAGUGCAACCACUGCCCGCCUAUGUGCAUCACUCGAAUGGGAAGCUGAUGAAGUCCGCCUCGGCAGCCUCGCUCAACUCGCGCCGGAGACGCCACAAAACAGUACACUUUGGAGAGAAUCUGCUGCGGGAGGUGUGCCAGAACCGAAAGCUAAUCAAGACGGAGACGCAGGUGCCCUCCGGCUCGGCACCGAUGAAGGCCAACAUCCAGAUGCUGUACAACUUUGUGGAGGGUGUGCUCAGUGCCUGGGUGGACGAUGAUGAGGACCAGGUGCGCUCUGGUGCCGAAUCGGAGCCGGAGCACGGGGUGGUGCCCAUGCAACCGAUCCAUAGAUGCAACCGCCUGCGCUACCAGUGCAUCCGUCGGGUGGUCGAGGAGGCGGCCGACCUUCAGGGCACCCUGAAGCUGGGCAACUCCCGGUAUCGCCAUCGCCAUUGGCGGAGCACCGCCAAGCAGUGCAACGAAAUGUUCCUUCGCAAGAUUUCGGACGAUGAUCGAAUGAGCCUAACUACCGCCGUUUCGGAUGAAGAUGAUGGGGAAAGUGUCAUGGCGUCACCAUAUAAAGCAAAGGCCACUGGCACCGCUGCAUCCUCGUUCAACUGCACGGGAGCUGUUCGCAAAGCUGGCUUCCUAUCGGUAAAGAAAUGGUUACUACGCAAGAAGCACCAGAUCGAGCUGGCCAGGAAGCGGGGCUGGAAGGGCUACUGGGUGUGCCUUAAGGGCACCACGCUGCUCUUCUAUCCCUGCGACUCCCGCGAGGGCCGGAGCGUGGAGGCUGCGCCCAAGCACUUGAUUAUCGUGGACGGCGCAAUUAUGCAACCGAUACCCGAGCAUCCCAAGCGCGACUACAUCUUCUGUCUGAGCACGGCGUUCGGCGAUGCCUAUCUUUUCCAGGCGCCCUGUCAGGUGGAGCUGGAGAACUGGGUAAACAGCAUUCACAGCGCCUGUGCCGCUGCCUUUGCCCGGCAUCGCGGCAAGACCGGAACCCUGCACCUGCUCCAGGAGGAGAUCUUCCGGUUGGAGAAGGCCAUUGAGUCGGAUCACAAGCUGAAGCACAUGGCCGAGCUGCAGCAAUCAGUUGUCACCGAUCAGGAGACGCGUCAUCAGAUCCAGACCCAGAUACUGCAGUGGGAGGAGAAUCUGGAGCGGCUGCACUGCGAACAGUUCCGGCUGCGCUGCUACAUGGCCUCGCUGCAGAGCGGCGAGCUGCCCAAUCCGAAGUCGCUGCUAACUCACGUGUCACGCCCCACGAAGAACACGCUGAACAAGCUGGGCGUGUUCACGGUCUCCUCCUUCCACGCCUUCAUCUGUGCCCGAUCGCCCUCGCUGCUCAACAACCUGCUGGCCGGACGCGGAGCUACCAAGCGGCGACCGCCGAUGCUGUCGAGGUCCAACAGCGGCUCCAGUCGUCGCUCCAUGCAGAUGAAUUCACGUGACGAACCGGAAAAAACUUUCAAAGUUGCAAUGCCCGACAAUGCUUACUCGACAGUUUAUCUACGUGAUGCCAUGUCUGUGGAGGAAUUCCUCGCCAGCGCCUGCGCCCGUCGCAACCUCAAUCCCAUGGAGCACUUUGUGCGCGUCAAGAAGCGACGUGACAUGGAGGAUCACAAUUACUUUGUGCCGCAUCGCAACGAUCUGAUUGAGAAUUAUCUACAUAAUCACGAGUUCGUGGAGGUCUGCAUGAAGAUCCUGUACCAGGUAGAACUGCAGCGCACCACCCUCGAGCAGAUGUGGGGCUUCUCCGUAGAGGCGGAGCUGAUCGAGAAUGCGGAGCGCCAGGACGAACUCUGCUGCUACGUGAGUCGCGUGGAGGACAAGAGCGUGGCCAUGCACAACGGCAUCAUCAAAGGAGACGAAAUAAUGGUCAUCAAUGGGGCAAUUGUGUCCGAUCUAGAUAUGAUGUACUUGGAGAGCGUCCUGCAGGAGGAACAAUCGCUCAGCAUGAUGAUGCGGUCUUCGCGCACAGAGCCACCAGAUCUAGUGGGGAUCAUGCGUGUUACGGAUGAUAUGAUUGACUCGCUGGUGUGCCCACCGCCGCCCACAGAUCCGCCGGUGAUGAGCGAGGAGAUGAUAACUGGACUGAUUGUUCCGGCCCCCGGUUGGAAUGGCACUAGCAAGGAUUUGUACUCGCCGGAGGCCGAGUCCUCGCCUGCCCCCUCCUUCGUUGAUCCUGCCAUGGCCGCACAACUUGCGGCCGGUGGAGGCGUGGUUGUGGGCGGAAUGGGCGGCAUGGGAGGCAUGGGCGGACUGGGCGUGGCCAAGCCCACGUCGCGAACGAGCAGCUUCGAGAUUGAGAAUCUGUUGAAGACCGCAGAGCAAGUUACCGGAUUUUGUCGUUCACCCCAGGAAACACGCAAAUCGAGCCCCACCGGCUCGGUCACCUCAUCGGUGUCGACCACGGCUUUGACCCCAUCGCGACAGCUAACCGAUGCAGAGAAGCUGCGCAAAGUCGUAAUGGAGCUGGUGGACACGGAACGCACCUACGUUAAGCAUCUGAACAAUCUGCUGGAGCAUUAUCUGGAGCCCAUGAAACGCGAGACAUUCCUCUCCAAUGCCGAGAUCAAUGCGCUGUUCGGCAACAUCCACGAGAUCGUGACAUUCCAGCGCCAGUUCCUGCAGAAUCUGGAGGAGUCCUUGGGCCUGGAGCCAGAGUUCAACAAGUUUGAGCACUGCGGGCAGUUCAGGAAUGUACUCUUUGCCAUUGGCUCGGCCUUUCUGUAUUACGUCAAUCACUUCAAGCUGUACUCCUCAUUCUGUGCCAGUCACAGCAAGGCGCAGAAGGUUCUGCAUCCAAACGAAGGCAACCACGCCCUGCAGGAGUUUCUGGCUGCCCGGAAUCCCAAGCAGCAGCACAGCAGCACCCUGGAAUCGUAUCUGAUCAAGCCGAUUCAACGCAUCCUCAAGUAUCCCCUGUUGUUGCAGCAGAUGCGCAACCUGACCGAUACCCGGGCCGAUGAGCAUGUCCAUCUUUGUGAGGCACUCAAGGGCAUGGAAAAGGUGGCCGAGCACAUCAAUGAGAUGCAGCGCAUUCAUGAGGAGUAUGGCGCCAUCUUUGAUCACCUGUUCCGGCAGCACCAGAAGUCCUGCAAGCAGCCCAUUGACCUGAGUCCAGGAGAUCUCUUGUACUAUGGCGGCGUUGAAUGGCUAAACAUCUCCGACUUUCUGGGCAAAAUCAAGAAGGGCCUGGAGCUGCAUGCCAUGUGCUUUGUGUUCAAGUCAGCAGUGGUGUUCCUUUGCAAGGAGCGACUGCGCCAGAAGAAGAAGUUGAUGGGCGUCUCGAGCAAGAAUGCAACCAACGAGGUGGAGAUUAUACGCUACCAGGUGCUUAUACCCGUCACCGAGGUUCAGGUGCGCGCCAGCUCAGCUAAGGACAUGGACUCACACUUCCUGUGGGAGCUGAUUCAUCUGCGCUCUCAGCUGCAGCGCCGCUCCGAGAAGGUCUACGUGCUGUCCAACAGCACCGCCGACUUCCGCAAUGCCUUCCUCAAGACCAUACGGCAGAUCAUACGCGAGAGCGUCCGGAAUAUGUCAAUUCCCAUGAAGAACUUUGGCGGCAGCUCCGGCUCCGUCUCCGGACACUCCUCGCAGGGCAUGGGCCCCGGCAUGGGCUAUGCGGGCAACUCACAGACACUGGAAAGACCCAAGCAGCAGAUCACCAUCGUUCAUGGCUCGCACACCCUGGGCAAGCCAAAGAAAAAGUCAGGCUCGCAACGCCACUCGGCGGGCAACAUUGACUACGACAACUUGUCGGGCAGCCAGGAGGCCGACGAUCUGCCUCCUAGCGUGGGCGUGGUACACUAUGCAUCUGGUCACACCCACGGCCAGCAGAUGCAGCCGGCGGGUUUCCGCGGUCGCAGCAAGACAGUGGGCGACGUGGCAGAAAUCACUUGCUCUUCCCCAGAACCCCAACAGCAGCAGCAGCAACAGCAUGUGCAGCAGGUGCAGCAGGGCCACGCCCAUGGGCAUCCGCAUCCACAUCCUCGAGAGCCACCGCCGCCGCCCAUCCGGCAGCCGCAUCUGCAUCACCAUAGCUCGGACAUUGAGCGGAUCGAUCCGGGGACAAAGUCCGAGGGCGAGGAGGACUCGCAGCAGGGCACAAUCAGGCCAAAGGCAACUUUGGGUCGCACGCCCAAUCACCUGACGCUGAGCACCACCUCGACACUCUCGGUGGGCAGCACCGGCAGCCAGGCGCGCUUGAUACAAUCGUCGCAUCCGCCGGCCAGCUACCAGCCGGUGCUGAUGAAGGACCUAGGGUCCCCGGUGUGGAAACCACGAGACAUGAUAAAUUUAGGCACAGAUCCACAGUCAACAACCCGCAAAGACGAUGUGAAAAAUUAAAUCAGAAAAAGCAAAGCAAAACCAAAACGAAAACAUUUAGUAUCAAGCUAAGCUAAGCUAAGCUAAGCCAAGCAAAGCCGGCACAAGAGCUCUUAGCCAGCUUCGACUUCAAACUUCAAAACUUCAGAUCCUUUGUUCGAUUUCUCAAUUUUAACUAAUCAAGUGUAAGGCAACGGCAACAGAGAACAUGAGCAGCGGUGAAGCGGCAGCAGGAGCAGGAGCAGGAACAGAAACAGAAACAGGAGGGUUCAGAGUUCAAAUCAAAUCGAAAGCAUUUUUCAAGCUCACCUGGGGAGAUGAAGAUGCAGUGAUUUAAUUCAUCUGGAAUGGAUGCGGUUGAAGAAUGCUUACGUUUGUUUUGUCUCUCCUCUCUGCCCUCUCUCUCUCUCCUCCCUGUCCGUCUGUCUGCCAUUUUUAACUAAAAAGGAUAUAAAACAUCGAAGAGUUUUUUGUCAGUUUUACGUUUACGUUUCGCAUCACGAAAAGGACUCCCUCGCGAGAGUUCCCCCCCCUAGAAAGAGAAGACCUAAAAUCUAUAUGAAAUAAUAAUAAUAAUAAAAAAAACCAAGAGAAGACUUUGAUUUAUAUUGAAUUGUAUUUAAAGUGCAAAACAUAUAAUAAAAGCAUAAUUAAAGCGAAGGAUUUUGAGCAGAUUUAAUAUGAACUAAGCAGAAGGAAGGAGAUUAAACCAGAUUAAGAAAUACGAGAACAAAUUCAAAUGCAUUUGUCGCUGAAAAAGACUUGAAAGUAAUUUCGAUUUAAAUACAUACACUUAUUGAGGACAGGACGAGAGGACGAAGCUGUCGCAGGCGUGAGGAGGGAGACGACCCGUAAACAAAUUGCAACCAUUGUAUUUAGGCUUAGAGAAUUUAAAUUAUAAAAACAAAACAAAAAACAAAGCAAAGAAAAACAAAGUCAAAUGCAAAAAGAAAAAAAUAAGGAAAAACAAAAAAGAAACCCAAGGUGGUUAAUGAAGAAAAUUUUAGCCAAUUAAGCCACACAUACACACACUCGUAAUCGUAAUGAAACAAUUAAAAACAACAACAAAAAUGCAGCAAUGAAAAUGUUUAGUUCGUAGGAAGUACACUGAAAAAAAAUGCAUAAAGCCCACAUACACAUAAACGAAAAUGGUAAAACGAAAAUAGCAAAAAUUUAGUCAAAAUGUUAAAUGGUAAACUAACAAAACGAAAAAUAAUAACAAGCAAAUUGGGCUCGAUGCCCCCUCUCCCACACACCCACACCCCCCACACUCACACACACAGAAUCCAAUCAGCAAAAACAAAAAAAAAAAAAUAAUGGCAGCAAGUAAAACUCAAAACACGUUAAAUGCGGGCAAAUAAAUUAAAAUACAAACUAUAAAAACAAAACUAUGCAAAAACACAAGCAGCAAAAGGUAAAUAUAUAAGCAAAAAAGAGACGACACCUUCUAGCAGAAUUACAAUAAUAAUUAAGAACUUCACUUGGAACACACACACACACACACUCUUUAAGAACUCGAGAAUCGAAACAGAAUUAUAUUAAAGUUAAACAAAGGAGACCCCAAUCAAUCCGAUUCCCCCAUAGACAAGGCACCUUUUUGAGAACCAAAUUGAAUUGAAGAACUAAACCCCUGAUUUCCUUGACAUGUCUCAAGACCUACCUAUGGUUUUCACAUUUUUGUAGAGGGAAUUAUUAGCGAAAAACAAUAUGAUAAUAUAGUGAAAAAACCAUGAGAGAACUCCACACCAAAUGGGAAAAUAAAAAUAAUAAUUAAUUGGUUGUGAAUGCAGCUUCGAUGAUGUUAUUCGAUUCAGGAACAAUGAAAUCCCCCAAUUGCUGAACGUACACGUUUUAUUAUUGUUCCCCCCCGGCACUGAUUGUCAACGGUUUUGGUUUUUCAGUGUACUUAGAGACAGGCAUUCACACUCAUUCAUUUUUUUUACCCCUAAAAACCAGCAUGUAGCAACAAAUCGAAACAUAAUCAAAACAUUUUUUAGGUUUCCAAUCAAAUUGAAUUAAAUAUACAAAAAGGUAAACUUUAAUUAAACGAAACGAAACGAACGGAGACGAGGAGGAAAUAAUAAAAAAUAAACUACCAUAGAGAGCUAUAGCUAAGAAGUCGAGUAAAUACAACAAAAAGAAUUCUAAAUGUAUACAAACAGUCGAAUGAUAUAGGUCAUCCGCCGGAUGAAUGCUAAUCAAACACGGGACAAACCAGGAGAAAUUUACCAAGAUACCAAAAGAGAGGAGAAUCACAAUGUUUUAACAAUAUUUUUACGGUUUAUAUAAGUUCGAGGUCGACGACAGCGGUAAAAUAAAUAUAUUAAUUAAUGAUAAAACCCCCAGACCCAACCAACCAACCACAGGCGAGAGGUGCAGUCAGUCAGUUGGAAGACUCUAGCGAAAUGAAAUAGUUAAAUUAUGUGAAACACUCAUUUGAAUGCGAGCACUCGCAGCGGCGUGAAACUUUUUGUACGCAUUUGACUAUUUUUAAAGCAUUUUUAUUAAAUAUAUAUAUACAUAGUCACUAUUAUACGAAUGUUUGAGAACCAAACCAUGUACUCGACUCAUUUAAUUAAGUUCACGUGUGCACACGACGCACUGAAGUCUCUUUUAACAAAUUGUUAUCGGAUAUCUGAUUUGUUUUCGAGCGUAAUUGUUAGUUAUAUCUCUUACCACACACCUUCCUUUCGGCCAGAGCAGCAGAGGGUAACACACACACACACACUCGUCUAUAUGAUCCCAAAUGGGGAUUAUAAAACAGAAACCAAUAGCAACGGCAGCCGCAUUGGGAACGUGCCACGCGAAGUGGGGCAGCACAUUGAAAUUCAAUUUUAAUUGUAAAACAAACAUACUUAGCAGCUGCAGCAAGAACAACAACAACACAGAAACAAAAUAAAAAAUAUAAGAACAUGCAAUGGAUGUUAAUACUUUUUGAAAACAAGAAACAAGAAAACAACAAUGAAUAAUAUGCAAGCGUAAGAACAUAAAAAGAUUACACAAUGAUUAUACAAUUGCAAAUGCAAACUUAACACUCAACAUAAGGAAAGUGAAAAUGUGUGACAAAUGAUUAAUUACAAAAUCCUUUUGAAGUGAAAAACAAAAGAAAAUAAAAUGUGAAAUUUAAAAAAGAAAAAUAAA